CUAUAUAUUUAAAUGCUCCAUUUGUUCACAUCGGGAAGCCUAAGUUAAAACAAAAACUCCUUUACACUCCUCCCCCUCCAAAUCAUUAUACACAACCACCGCGGCGGCGGCGGCGGCGGCCACCACAACAUCCUCAGAACUCUAGUGUGCCUGCACCAAAGGAUGUCUGAACCUCAUGAUGAGACUCCCAUACAACACACUCCACAGUCUGCUCUCCAACUCACAGUGUAUCCAAUUUCUUUAAAGUUUGAGGAGAUAGUUUACAAAGUUAAAGUUGAGCAGAAAGGAUGGUGGCACGGGGCAGCCAGAGAAAAAACCAUAUUAAAUGGAAUUACAGGAAUGGUUAGCCCGGGUGAGAUCCUUGCAAUGUUGGGUCCAUCAGGCAGCGGAAAAACAACUCUCCUGACGGCUUUAGGCGGCCGUCUUAGCGGAAAACUAUGCGGCAAGAUCGCUUACAACGGCCGCCCUUUCUGCGGCGUUAUAAAGCGGCGCACAGGAUUCGUCGCUCAAGACGAUGUACUCUACCCUCAUCUAACCGUAGCCGAAACCCUCGUGUUCACCGCAAUGUUACGAUUACCAAAGAGCGUAACGCAGGCAGAGAAGUCAGACCACGUCGAGAGAAUUAUAUGCGAACUCGGGCUGAGCCGUUGCAAGAGUAGCAUGAUCGGGGGGCCUCUAUUCAGAGGAAUAUCGGGAGGCGAAAAGAAGAGAGUGAGCAUAGGACAGGAAAUGAUAAUAAAUCCGAGCUUGUUAUUACUCGAUGAACCUACGUCGGGUUUGGACUCCACCACGGCUCAGCGGAUCAUAGGCACCAUCAAGAGGCUGGCUAGUGGAGGAAGAACCAUUGUGACCACCAUUCAUCAACCUUCAAGCAGACUUUACCAUAUGUUUGAUAAGGUUGUUUUGCUCUCAGAAGGUGCACCUAUUUACUAUGGCCCUGCUUCUUCAGCCUUGGAUUACUUCUCCUCCAUCGGUUUCUCUACUUCCAUCACCAUUAAUCCUGCUGAUCUAUUGCUUGAUCUUGCUAAUGGCAUUGCUCCUGAUUCUAAAGCUACAACAGAAAAAGGAGAGAAUUUGGAACAAGAUGAGAAGACGGUGAAGGAAGCUCUGAUUUGCGGUUACGAAAAAAACAUUUACACGAGACUCAAAGCCGAGCUCUGCAGUGUGGAUGUGAAUAGCACCAAUUACAGAGUUGAUAGAAAGUCAGAGGAAUGGUGCAAUAGCUGGUGGCAUCAAUUCACGGUUCUAUUUCAGCGGGGACUAAAGGAGCGAAGAUACGAAUCGUUCAACAAGUUGAGGAUUUUUCAAGUGACGAGCGUUGCUGUACUUGGCGGACUUCUGUGGUGGCAGACACCGGCUUCUCAUAUCCAAGACCGAAUUGCGUUGCUCUUCUUCUUCUCAGUGUUUUGGGGGUUCUAUCCACUCUACAACGCCGUUUUCACAUUUCCGCAAGAAAGAAGGAUGUUACUCAAGGAACGAGCCUCAGGAAUGUAUCAUCUUUCGUCGUACUUCUUUGCAAGAACAAUCGGAGACUUGCCUUUGGAGCUCGCGCUCCCAACUCUCUUUGUGUUCAUCAUCUACUGGAUGGGCGGACUUAAGCCCGACCCCCUCACUUUCAUCCUCUCUCUGCUCGUCGUUCUCUACAAUGUCCUCGUCUCCCAAAGUCUCGGAUUAGCGCUUGGCGCUCUACUCAUGGACAUCAAACAGGCUACUACUUUAGCAUCAGUCACCACUCUGGUUUUCCUCAUUGCAGGAGGCUACUAUGUUCAACAAAUACCUUCUUUUAUAGUAUGGCUCAAGUACUUGAGCUAUAGCUACUACUGCUACAAGCUUCUUCUUGGAGUCCAAUACAGUGAAGAUGAUUUCUACGAGUGCUCCGAGGGAGUCAUGUGCCGCGUCGGAGACUUUCCGGCCGUCAAGUCGAUGGGGCUCAAUCAUUUGUGGAUUGAUGUCUCUAUUAUGGCCAUCAUGUUGCUGGCUUAUCGACUCAUUGCUUAUGUAGCUUUGAAUAGAGUUCAGUUGAGGUCUAAUUAUACUUAACUUAACUAUCAAUUUUCCCUC